CCAAAUCAAUUUUAGCACAAUUUCGAUGUAUUGUAUCGAUGUUUCUGCCAGCACUAGCGUGUGGCAUUUAAAGGCUUGCCAGUGACGGGCACACUGAGGACAGGGCACACUUUUUAUUUGUUUUUUGGGGACUUUCCUGCCAGCGAAUUUCUUUUGGAUUGAAUAAACUCUCAACAUGGUUUAUUUAAAUAUUAUUUUGGGUGUUUUAACUGUUGUAGUAAGUGCAGGCCUCGCUCUCUACUUAAGCAGGCCAAAUUAUCAGCACCAACCGCCUCACCAGACACACCGCAGAGACGAAGAGAAAACAAACCAAAAUGACGGCAGACCAAAUAAUAAAUUUGAAAGUCGGAAAUACCGCAAGAGCAUGCCUGGUGACCGUUGUCCCUGUUGCACCGAAGAGAUGCCAAGCGACGAUAUGCAUCGAAUGCAGUGUGGACAUGCCUUGCAUUACGCCUGCUUCCAAGAGUUUCGUUAUCUUCGCCCUAAUUGUUUGGUGUGCGACAAAACUGUAAACCUGACCAUGCCCGGCGAUCAAUGCAUCAUAUGCUUCGAUUUGCUUACCAAAGAUGAAAUGCAUCAUCUAAAAUGUCAUCAUGCCCUGCACAAGGUGUGUGCAUCCGAACUCAAAGCAACGGGCGCCCUGAACUGCCCGAUAUGUCGGGCGAGCAUGUAGAGCAAUCAAUGCCUUAAUCCUCUCUGGUUGUCAUACGAUUUUUACUUUCUAUAAAUAAAUUACUGACAAUGCCUUAAA